CUGGGAAAAUAAACAUUUUUGUUUGGCAUAUCAUCAAAAUUUGGAAUUGAAGAGUACUAAAGGGUGCAGCCAUGAAGAAGCAAAUAGUAAAGGAGUUCAUUACGGUGAAGAAAGUGCGAUAUUUGCCGCGCGAGCCGGAGCCGCCACCACCGCCCCCAAAGCGGCACAUUCUCGUCGUGGGACGCUACACCCUGGACGUAAUCACUGUCUGUGAUACGUUCCCCAAUCCUGGCGAGACACAUCGCAUCACUAAGGGCACUUGGCGGCGAGGCGGCAGCGCUUCAAACAUUUGCACGGUGAUUCGUCGAUUGGGCGCUCAGUGUGAGUUUUUGGGUCAUUUAAGCAAUGCGCCCGCCUUCGAGGGUCUGAUUUCGAGCUUCAUUGCAAUGGGCAUUGACAUAUCCAGCUGCCCGCGCAGCCCAAAGGAUCCGCCACAUCAGUCCAUUAUCGUCGUUGCUAGUAACGGUACCCGCACCACCAUCGAGCAGUCGACAUCCACCAACGAGCUGACCUUUCAGCAGUUUCUGGGAGCGGUCGAUUAUCAGAAAUAUUCAUGGAUACACUUCGAGUGCCGCAACGCCAAGGAGACGAAACACAUGAUUACUGCCGUCCGUAAUUAUAAUGCUCGAUGCGGUGAUCACAUCAUUAUAUCCGUUGAUUUACCAAAUCUACGCAAUAUGUGCUUGUUGCUGGCCGAUCUGGCGGAUUACGUGUUCGUGCGCAAACAAGUAAUGCUCGCUAAUGCCUAUAUAAAUGGCCACGAGACGGUGUGCGCCAUUCGCGAAAUGUUGCGUUCCAUCCGCUCUCGCUGGAUGUCCCUUCAGCCGAAGAAGACGCCCUAUCUGCCCGAUGAUGAGACCUCGCAGGAAACUAAAAAAUGCGAGCCCGAUACCAAAAGGGUCCCUAUUAUUAUCUAUGCGAACAACAUUGAGGGCGCCAGCUGUCUGCUGGCCGAUGACACGUAUUUUAAGGUCAGUGGCCACGUACCAACGAGGGUUUUGGACACCGUGGGCGAGCAUGACGCUUUCUGCGGAGCUGUAAUCUAUGCCAUGCAUGAGAUUGAGUUGAGUCUGCGCGACGCCAUGGAGUAUGGAACGCGCGCCACUAGUGUCAAGGUAGCACAAAAUGGUUUCGAUGGAUUGCGUUGCAUUCCCAAGGACUUGAAGGGCUUCUAUUAUUUGUAGGUUCGUAGUUGGUUGUGAUAGCAAUCAAAUAAAUUAUAGAUCAAUAAAAUGACUAUGUGUAGAUUA